AUGGCGGCGACCACGUACAUGCCCGCCGAGAUGGAGCUCGGCAACAUCGGCGGGUACCACGCGGCGUCGCCGCGUAGUGCUGAGCCUGCCGACAUGAAGUACCAGCAUCCGUUGCACUCGGGCGGGUCGCCGUCCCCGGGGGCGCCCGUGAUAGGGAACCCUUGGACGUCACUGCCACCCGCCGACCCCUGGGCGAUGCACCAGCAUCACGCACACGCACAUCAACCAGACGUGAAGCCUCCCCCGGCUCCUCACGACCACCGCCACUUGCAGCAUGCGGCCCACGGCUGGCACGCGCCCGUCGUCAGCCCGCAUUACGGUGCGGGCUCGCCCGUCACACUGCAUGGAGGAUACCCAAUGCCCGUGCACCAACACCAUAUGCUCAGAGACAUCCAGCCCUCGCCGCAUCCGCUGCAUCAUCACGCCAUGGAGCGGGAUCAGCCCGAGGAGGACACCCCCACGAGCGACGACCUCGAAGCAUUCGCCAAACAGUUCAAGCAGCGCCGCAUCAAGCUCGGUUUCACGCAGGCGGACGUCGGGCUCGCGCUCGGCACGCUCUACGGGAAUGUGUUUUCACAGACGACUAUCUGUCGUUUCGAAGCGUUACAGCUCAGUUUUAAAAAUAUGUGUAAAUUAAAGCCGCUGCUGCAGAAGUGGCUCGAGGAGGCGGACUCGACGACGGGCAGCCCGACCAGCAUCGACAAAAUAGCGGCGCAGGGUCGGAAGAGGAAGAAGCGCACCUCUAUAGAGGUUUCGGUGAAAGGUGCGCUAGAGCAACACUUCCACAAGCAGCCGAAACCGUCCGCUCAAGAAAUCACGUCGUUAGCGGACAGCCUGCAGCUGGAGAAAGAGGUGGUGCGCGUGUGGUUCUGCAACAGGAGACAGAAAGAGAAGAGGAUGACGCCACCGAACACGCUCGGCGGCGAGAUGAUGGAGGGCAUGGGGCACGCACACUACGGACACGGAGACGUGCACGGGUCCCCGCUGCAGCACUCCCCGCCGGGCCUGUCCCCGCAGCACGGGCUGCCGCAGGGCGCCCACACACUGGCAGCGCACUAA